UCUCGCAUAGCCAAUGCCCUGUCUCUAGGCAUGGUGGGAAACUCAAGAAUCCCCCGCUCCCUAAAAAGGAGUUCGAAUGACUGGAUGAAGAUUUCAAGAGACUUUGUCCAGAGGGGAAGGAAUAUGGUAUUUAGGAGUGCAUAUGAGACGGAGAGAAUAGGAAAUAGUAUUGUGAGGAGCUGCCCUAAAUCGUACUAGAUUAUUUGGAUCACUAACACUAACUUUGGUCGUUGAUGAAGCUUCAGUACGAAAUAACACACCCAACGAAAGGGUGUUCCCCAUACCCGGAUCCAAUCAUCGAACUAUUUGCAAGUUCGACGACCAUGAAGAUGAGCGUUUUAAUCCGAUCAGCCUUGCUAUCACCGAAGUGGUUCAAGCGGUACCAAUUGCGCACUUAAGGUUGGAGCUUCCUAUAAUGUCUGAACUUCCUGUCUCCACGCCAACGUUCUAUGGCAGAAGCACAGAACUUGAAGCGCUAUUUGAUGUACUCGAUCCUUCUGGACCUGGAAGGAAAGGAGUUGCCAUUUUUGGUAUUGGUGGCUCAGGAAAGACACAACUUGCUCUCAAAUACAUAAAAGAGAAAAAACGUUUGUAUAGUGCUGUGAUCUGGAUCAAUGCAUUUACAUCUGAGCAGCUUACACAAUCGUUUGCCGACGCCUUCCAUAUGAUUUCCAAGUCAUGGACGCAUAAAGAUGUAUCGAAUACGUAUGCAGGAGAGAACAUGGAAUAUUUCGUGCUAGGUAGACUGAGAACUACUCUAAAGCGGAAUUGGCUUCUAGUUAUCGACAGUGCCGACGAUCCCAACAACCACAACCUAACCCAGCUAAUCCCUGACUGUAGUUUCGGCUCAAUUAUUGUAAUGAGUACGCGAAAACAUGCAUCGGAUAUCCUCGAGCCAUAUGGAUUCGAAGGUAUCGAGCUCGAUAAGCUAGACGACGCCGAUGCAACAGAGUUGCUUUUGGAUAUAACUAGAGUUCAAGUAUCAGUUUCGUUUCACGGAUCCAGAAAUGCCAUAGCAAUAGCCAGAGAACUGGGAGGUCUGCCACUGGCUCUAGAGCAGGCGGGAAUUCUGCUGCGGAGAAGGAUUGUCACUCCAGACAACUUCAUCAAAGAGUACGACGCACAGUAUAACGAACUUAUGAGCUAUUUGCCUAAAGCUGGAGAAGUGCAACACGAUAAAGCGCGAACCAUAUAUGCGACCCUCAGCAUACUUUACUCCAACAUCAGGAAGCAAUCGCCCAUCUCCGCAGCAAUACUUCGGCUUUUAGCCGUCAUAGGACCUACACAAAUCCCUCUCUAUAUAUUUUUAAACGUUUUCCAAUCCGAAUCCGCAAGUACGAUUACUGAUAAAGAGUUCCAAUCUAUACAAAAAUCCACCAAGUCAGUUACUAUUUUUCGUCUCCAUCUAACUCUUCUUGAGGACUUCUGUCUAGUCAAAAUUAGACCUGAAUCCAGAGAGUACCCAGAGUCAGUACUAUCACACCAAGCUAUUUGCCAGUGGAUUAUAAAAUCGCCGUCCGAAUGCGAGCCCCGAUGGGUUAUAUUCGUUGCCCUUGGAUUGGGUAACGUUCUUUGUCGUGGAGAAAGGAGCCUUGACCGGUUCGUUUCAAUUACCAAAAUUUCAACUCCUAAUAACUAUCACGAAACUAAUACCCGUGCAGGCCGAUGGGCGGGGCUACUUCAGAUUCGUACAUUUCAAGAAUAUGCCUUCCUUGGAUUAGCCGUAUCGAUUUUCUUAUUAAAGAAUCCAUUGACUCCUCUACUAUUCAACCCCCCGAUGGUCUCUUUGCAGCUGAAUACGCUAAUAUAGCUUGCAACUUUGGGUAUAUAUACUUUUGCAAUGCACGGCAUGAGGAAGCCAAGCCGUUCCUCUCCUGUGCUCUAAACUACUAUCUUUCCAGAUCCAGAACCUACGAUGAUUCCUCUGGUAGCAUCCUACAAUUAUAUUACUGUCUGGCAGCCUCCUACUAUGAGACAGGAAACCUAGAUAAAGCAAAUGAGCUCCUCAACGCAGCGAUUAACACAUCCGGGGGGGAAA